AAACAAACCCUAUAGAAUUUGAAGUAGUGUAUUUCUUCACGCAACACUAGUUACCAGUAAGACUGUAGCUUGCUACUAAUAACUCCAGAGAAACUAGACUUUUGGCACUCCAUAGUGCUCUACUCCAAAGCGACCAUUUUGGGUCUGUGUGUCUCUGUGUGCCUUCGAGAGGAAGUGGUGCAACUCAUUUCCUGCAGCCCCCCGAAUACACACAGCGAGCAAGAGGGGCAAAGCAGUAGCAUAAAAAAAUCCAAAAAGGUUUGCGAGCGAAGGACAAAUGGCUCUCCUUGUAAAAGCGACAAAAAUGCAUUGAAUUUCUUUAGCCUUUUUUUACACCCGGCUUCCAUUUCCACUCUGUUACACUUUACAUGUUAUGAGAGCUCUCAAUACAAGCUGAUGCCAACAAAGAAACAAACUCAAGAGUCAAAACAGGGAACCCGCCCAUAGAAGACAGAACAGUGGAUGGAAGAGCGCGAGAGAGAGUGAAGAGGACGGAGGUUAAGAUACAGGGGCUGGUCAACAGGCAUGGCUCCAAUUCGGGACUCGGCCAGCCACUCUCCUAACCAAACAGGUUUGGACCACCCUGGCCUGGCUUCUCAGUAUGAGAAUUGCCCCUGGAGCUCUGGUUCUCCCUACAGCAGAGACAGUAACUGGGACACGGUGCUGGUAGACUCGGUCGGCAGCGACACGCCUUCCUCCUCCUCCUCCUCGGCAGCCGGCAACGACCCCGAGCUCACCUCAGAAUGCAUGGACACGGACUCUGCCUCUAGCUCUGGUGGCUCGGAGAGGAACUUGGUCACCGCGAUGACGUCGUCGUCGCCGCCUCCCGGCAACGGAGGCCGUAACGGGAACCACUUCUCCCCGUUGACUAACGGCGGCGUUCCUCCCGGUAGCAGCAAUAACAUCAUAACGUGUAACGGGGCGGCGAAUGGCCCGCGGGGUUGCGUGGCCAACGGCUCCGUGGCCAACGGCGGCCCCAACGACGCCUCCGCCCCCGCCGACGGUAGCCACGGCAACAAGCCGAGCCCCUGGACCCCCAGCACUCUGAACCCAAAAGUUAACCACGGUGCCUGGCCCGGUCCCCAGGGACCCUCCGGCUGUAAGAUUGUCCAGCAGGGGGGCUCUCUGGGCUGGGGAGGGACACAGCCGGACAGCCCCUCUCUGUCUGAACAGCCGCAGCGCCUCCUGAAUGAUACCACUGUCAAGACUCGCCACCUCAACGCGACCAACGGACCAAAUAACACUACUACUAACGCCAUCGACACCUCUAGUUUACCAAACUCUACAGGCGGCUCAGUGCACAGGAACGAGUCCGGCUCGGGGCUGCGUUCCUGGGGAACGGGAGGAGGAGGAGGAGGAGCGGGGUCAGAGCUUGGAGAUCAGCUCUCCAACGCUACCCUGUCUGGCGCCCAGCACCCCCACAGCGAGGGCCUGGCAGGGGGCUUCUCUAAGCCCUGGGGGGCCUCGGGCCCUGGAGACACUGUGAACAGCAAGGCCCCCGUAGGGAGGUGGGACUCUGCUUCUCCUCACAACCUGGGUACUGGAGGAGGGGCGAGCAAUGGUCCUUCCGGGAUCCCCCGACCAUGGGCCUCCUCUUCUUCAUCUGGCUCCUCCUCUAACAGGCAACCACCCAACGGGGAGUGGAGCUCGUUGCCCGGUAACAAAUCUCAGGAUUCCGGGGACGGACGGAAGUCAGGGGGAGGAGCCAACGGCUGGAAGAGUCUUGAAGACGACGCCCUCAGGAUGGGAGGAGGAGGAGUGCAGGGACCUGCGAGCGUCGGUGCGUCUGGCAGCAGUGAGGGGGGUGGGGAGAGCUCUGGAGGCCGUAUCUUAGACAGGGACAGGAACGACCCCCGUCGACAAGGCCCACUCCCUGGGUCUACUCAAGUCCUCUUCUGUUCAGACAUGGACCCCCGUGUCCUCUGCAACACCGGCUGGGGCCAGACCCCAGUACGCCAGAACACCGCCUGGGACGUCACCUCUCCCGUCCCCAGACCCGAUGACAGGAAACCCGGUAACGGAGGCCCAGGCUGGGGAUCGAAAAGCCACGCCGCUCGUUCUCAUACCUCCAGCUCUGGAGGAUGGCGAGGGGGGGAGGCCGGCCCGGGCCCAGAGUCAGGAGGGUCUGGCUGGGUAGAGCAGAAGACCUUGUCUGGGAACAGCCAGAAGGAGGACCUCUCCAACACCUGGAUCAACCCUCCGAAACCCCAAAAGCAGGUCUGGGGAAUGGGUGGUGGAGACCGCUCCAGAGGAGGGAGCAGCUACUGGGGUCAGCCCCAGAAGAAUAGCGUGUCUGGGGGAUGGGACCGCGACUUUGCAGGGACUGCAGGAUGGGGCGAGCCCGGCCUCCCGGCCAACACCAACACGCACCCAGACGGAAGCACCAGCACCUGGGGUGGCAGCGGAGGGACCCCUGACUCUGGCUGGGGAGAGCCCCCUGUAUCCAACUCCGCCGGACACAAACCCCAGAACCACCAGGGAGGGUGGGACGAGCCAGCCAUGAAGCAGCCCGGCCACCCCUCUCAGAGCCGGGGAGACCCGGCCGAGUGGGGUAAAGAUCCAGACGCCAACCCGGACCCUAGAGGACCUCCACCAGGCGGUGCCCACCCCUCCAAACCCAGCGGAUGGACUGGGGUGGCGGUCCCAGCUGGACCCUCCCACAAGGAGGAGGAGUCGUCGUCGACAGGGUGGGAGGAGCCUAGUCCAGAGUCGGUGAGGAGGAGGAUGGACAUCGAUAAUGGCACCUCGGCGUGGGGAGAACCCAGCAAAUACAACUGUAGCGGGGUUAUUAAGUGGAACAAGACCGGCCAAUCAGAGCAGGACGCCAUGGUCACGACCAAACCCCCCCCCCAGCAGCCCCCACCACCCAUGAACAACAUGGCCAACAAGGACAAGACCUGCAGCUCUGGUUGGGGUGAACAGUACACCGGUCCCCAGAAGAUGGAGUCAGGAACGUGGGGUGAUCCACCAGGCCCCCCCGUCUCUGUGGACAACGGGACAUCGGCCUGGGGGAAACCCAUGGACACCAGCUCCACCUGGGAGGAGCUGAGAGACAGAGGGGACAGAGACAGAGGGGACAGAGACAGAGGGGACAGAGACAGGGGGGACAACUCUGCGACAGGAGGCUGGGAAGGACCUGGAGCACAGAACCACCACAAACCUGGUCCCAAGCCCAUGCAGCAGGAGAGUAGUACCUGGUGUGGGGAGGAGGUGUCGUGCCAGGCCAGUUGGGAACCGGAGGAGGAGCUGGAGAUCGGGAUGUGGAGCAACACCCCAAGUCACCGGGACAGAGACGGUCACAGAGAGAACCACAGAGACCGGGACAGAGACGGUCACAGAGAGAACCACAGAGACGGCCACGGUCAGGACACCAGGAACAACGGGCCACAGCAACACAGCUGGAACUACAUGAAGAAAGUCCCUCCCAAGAUCAACAAAUCGGUGAACAAGCAGGAGGAUGCCUGGAUGAACCAGUUCGUCAAACAGUUCAACAACAUGAGCUACCCUAGAGACUCUCCUGAAGACUUGUCGAAGAGCAAUAAGAUGGAAGGAGGAGGGAUGAUGUCUGACAAGCGUAUGGAUGUGAACAUGGGAGAGUACAGUGGAGCGAUGGGGAAAAACUCAGCUUCCAGGCACCAGACCCACAAAGAGCCUUCCAUGGAGAGAAGCUCUUACUACGACAAGAAUGUAAACUCCAUGUAUGGCAGCAGUGCAGUACCAUCUCAUCCCCUCAACUCAGCCCAGAACAAUCUCCGUAACCAAGUGCCUCCACCCGUCCUGUCCUCUCAGGUCCCUCCCUCUCUCCUGAAGUACCCUCCCAGUGCAGGAGGCCUGAACCUGUUUGGUCCACAGCAAGUAGCUGUCCUCAACCAGCUGUCUCAACUCAACCAGCUGUCUCAACUCAACCAGCUUAACCAGUUGCAGCGUCUCCUCCUCCAGCAGUCUCAGCAGCAGAGACCGAUGUCUGUUGGACAGCAGCAGAGUCACAGACCGAUGCCUGUGGGACGCCAGCAGGACCAGCAGGGCCGUCCUAUUGGUUCGUCCCAGUCGAUGAUGCAGCCUCCGCAACACCUCGACCACUCCCUCUUGAAGCAGAACACCGCCCACCAGCCCCUCAAGUCCUACAUGGACAACUACAUGCCCCAGAAUGCAUCUGAGCUGCAGAAGGAGCCCAACCACAUGGGCUCCUUUACCAACUUCCCUUUAGGCUUGAACUCUAACCUGAAUGUAGGCCUUGACACUGUGUCUGGCUGUAAGGAGCCUCAGUCUCGUCUGAAGAAGUGGACGGCCUUGGACGUGUCUGUAAACUCACCUCUGGAGCACAAGCCUGGUGCAAUGCGUCUGGAGGAUUCUCCCUUCGGUCCCUAUGACUUCCUGUCUGCUGGCUCCGCCCCCCUAAGCUCUCCCGGCCAAUCAAUGGGCUCGGUGGGCGAUAGCUGGCCCCCUCGUGCCAAAUCCCCCCAUGGAAACACCCAUGUUACCUGGCCCCCAGACCCCCCUUCUCUCUUCCUGUAUAACUCUCUGGAAAAAGGUUACCCCAACAUCGACCCUGAGACUGACCCUUUCGUGACCCCUGGUAGUGUCAUCAACAACCUCUCCAUCAACACAGUCCGCCAUAUAGACCACCUCAGAGACCUGACAGGACCAUCCUCAUCUCUGAACACCGCAAUGCCUUCUAACAGUGCCUGGUCAUCUAGUCGUGCCUCCAGCCACAGUGGUUCACUCACCAGUACAACACAAAGCACUAUGGUCAGGUCCGGAGAGUCUAAAUGGUCUCCAGGAGGAUGUAACUCCUCUCUGGCCCAUGAGCUGUGGAAGGUCCCUCUGGCUCCUAAAGGUCUUUCAGCCCCUUCCCGCCCCCCUCCCGGCCUCACCAACCAGAAACCCCCUCCACCCUGGGGGGAAGCUCCUCUCCGCUUGGGGGGCUGGGGGCACUCUGACUCCAGAUACACACCUGGUUGUAGUUGGAGUGACAGUGGCAGCAGCUCAGGGAGAACCAACUGGCUCGUUCUCAAGAAUCUCACAACUCAGAUGGAUGGUUCUACUCUGAGGACUCUCUGCAUGCAACAUGGUCCUCUGAUUACAUUCCACCUCAACCUGCCGCACGGCAAUGCUGUCGUAUGUUACAGCUCCAAGGACGAGGCAGUCAAGGCACAGAAGAGUCUGCACAUGUGCGUACUAGGGAACACUACCAUUCUGGCUGAGUUUGCCAGUGAGGAGGAAAUCAACCGUUUCUUUGCACAAGGUCAGUCAUUGGCCGCUGCCUCCCCGGGCUGGCAGGCCAUUGGCUCCUCUCAGAGCCGAAUGGGCGGAGCCUUGGAGGGUUCCCACCCCUUCCCCAGCCGCGCCCCGGAGCCCAGUCAAUGGAACGGCAGCGACCUCCAUAGCUCCUCCCUUUGGGGCGGGUUGAACUAUUCCACUAGCCUAUGGGGCGCCAGCGAGGGCGGGAGGAUCAACAGCCCUUCUCCAAUCAGCUCCUUCCUCCCCGUGGAUCACCUGACAGGGGCCGGGGACUCCAUGUAAAGCCCCUGUCAGUCGAGUGUCGAACGCUGGACAGCGUGACGACAGACUGAGUCGUCUGGAGUCGUUAUUAGUCUCAAAAAACACAAAGAAAAAAAAGUCCAAGACCAAAAAAACAAAA